AUGUGCAGAGGAGGCGGAUGGCCAGAGUGGCGCACGGAGAGGGAAGGCGAGGCCGGGGCAAAGCCAGGCGCGCGCCGGGGCGCCAUUCAGGCGCAGCGCGGGGAGGAGGAGCCCAAACUGGCGCCUACGGCAGCGUCACUCGGUCGCACCGAACCAAACACGACCAACCCAGAUUGGGCGGGCGAUUACUACCCCGAUUCCCAACCUAGCGGCGGCGGCGGCGCUUCCAAGUGCGGCGGCCGCCGUCUCCCUCGGUCCACCUCCCAUCCGGCCAGCCCUCUCCUCACUCCCUCCCCCCGGCCUCCGGCCUUCGCCGCCCUCCCUGCCGCCAAGGCCAGGGGCAAGUCCGCCUCUGCCCUCCGGUCUCCCUGGCUCGGCUCGCCCUGUAGGGCUGUAGGCGCCCACCACGGCACGUCUCGACCUCCGGCAGUCCAGCCUCCAUGGCUCCGUCAAAGGAGGAUCUCGUGGAUGCUGGUGGGAUGGGCGGUUGAGGUUGAGGGAGGCUCGUCGGCUGGAGCAGCAGGACGAGAAGCUCGAGGUGGUUCCGGCCUUCCGGGGGCGUUGCAAGGAGUGAAGGUAGAGGUCGCGUCAACCGGAGCAGCAGGAGCAAGGAUCUGACAGCCUCUGCCUCCCCGUUGCACGCCACCACUGCAUCUCCUUCCUGUUGAGCUAUAGGUUGGCUUGAUCUCUUGUGUCAGGGAGGUGCUAGGUUGGGUAUGUUGGCAAUGGCAGCCACGGUUUCAGCGAAGGGCGCCCAUGCCAUGUGCAAUGACAGCAGCAUUGUCACUGGGAUAUGCCAUUAGCAUGACACAGGUGCCUUAGUGUGUGUUCUGCUCUAGGUUGUGCAGGACAAGUGGUUGAUCCAUAGCUUCUUUGUGUAAGGAAAAUUUUGCAGACUAACUUUCUAACCAUGUAAUAGUUUUGUAUAAAGUAUUGCUAAUUUACAUAACUUCUAUUCAAGUCC